CCCUCUUCUGAUUAACGUUUGAAUAAACAAGAAUGACCAAUUUGUUUUAGGAAAAGAUUGCAAGCGACGUGUCAAAACAUAUUUAGUAUAUUUCAACUAAGUAAUAUCGAUGUCUUGUUUAGAGGGUUUAUGUGUGGAAAUUAUCGAAUGUGUGUAGCAACGCCCUAAUGUCAGCCACCUUGUUGGGGAAAAAGAGCCCCGUUGUGUUUACAAAUCGAUAAGCAUUAUUGUUACCCUGAAGUGUAAUAAUAGUGGAGGUUUUUGACGAAGAAAAUAUGGCCGAAUUGCAUGUUGUGGAGCAGAGUGUUACUGCCACAAUAGAACAAACCGAGCACCGUGAUGUCCGAGGCUCUGUUCGGCUGGCUGCUUCGCCCACUCUCAUGGUUUCACCGCGGAGUAGCUUGCCCACCAGUCCUGGGGUGUCGAGUACUAGUAGAGCGGUGUUUGGGUUCCCAAUGAAGAGCAACCUCAGUUCCCCAUCGGAGCCAGCCGAGAAGCCAGAAUCCCGCUGGGUUUGCCUAAAUGUCGGUGGAACCUAUUUUGUCACAACCAAACAGACAUUGUGCAGGGACCCCAAAUCGUUCCUGUACCGAUUGUGUCAAGAAGAUCCGGAUUUGGACUCUGAUAAGGAUGAGACGGGUGCUUACCUAAUCGACAGGGACCCCACAUACUUUGGCCCCAUUCUGAAUUACCUGCGGCAUGGGAAACUGAUCAUGGACAAGAAUCUGGCAGAGGAAGGUGUCCUUGAGGAGGCGGAGUUCUACAAUAUUGUAUCACUAGUAAGGCUGGUCAAGGAGAGGAUACGGGACAACGAGAACAGGACAUCUCAGGGCCCAGUGAAGCAUGUGUACCGGGUGCUGCAGUGCCAGGAGGAGGAGCUCACCCAAAUGGUGUCCACAAUGUCAGACGGCUGGAAGUUUGAGCAGCUCAUAAGCAUCGGCUCGUCCUAUAACUAUGGCAAUGAGGACCAGGCUGAAUUUCUGUGUGUGGUUUCCCGGGAGCUCAACAACUCCACUAACGGCAUUGUUAUCGAGCCCACUGAGAAGGCCAAGAUCCUCCAGGAGCGAGGUUCACGGAUGUAAAGAGACUCCCAGGCCUGAGCUUACCCUUCUCAGCUCAUGUGACAUUUCCUGACGUCUCCUGCACCACCUCAGCCAUGGUUCAUAUCUUCACCCCUUCCACCACCAACCCCACUCCCCCCUUCACCUCCCCCUCCUCUGGGUGUGCCUUUCCACAGUGGGGGGGGGGUUCCCAUCCUCCUCGCCUACAGUGCUACAACAUAACCCCAUUGCCAUUUCUUAUUCUCAGUUAUAUUCGUGAACAUUUGAGGGAUUCUGAAGAGAUGACAAUAGAGUAUUUAUUAUUAAAUGUAAUACCUUUUGUCAUAAGUUGGAUUUUGAAGAUUCCGGUUUUGCCCCUGAUCAUAGCCCCCCAUCUUGUCCAUAGUACAUCCACACAGAGCUAAAUCAUUGUCACUGUCCUCAUUCAGGUGAUCACACAGUUAAUGGGGAGCCGUUUCCUUUUCUGUCUGGCUUUGUCGACUCGGUGGAAAUCUGUGAUCAUCUCCUCAGGACUUUCAAAGGACAAAAAAAGAAAGCCGAAAAAUCUACUGACUGUGACCUGCCCCCUUCUACAACCCUGAAGAUUCACCUAUGGGGUGAGAGGAUGCUGUAAGCAACAUAGCCCACCCUCUGACCUCCACUCCUAGUCCUUACAUCUCCACAGCUGGAGCGCUAAGGCAGUUCAUAGUUGCUUGGGAAGCUGAAAGCCGAGAGGUGGGGCUAAGGACAGAGAAGUCACUGGAAUAUUCUACAGCCCUCAAAUUCAAAUCUGGACCUCAAAGCCAGUUCUACUGCUUUUUUUUGUUAUUCUUCCCCUCUAAUCGUGGACUGAUUUUUAACCUGGGACACCAGGUGGGUGCAAUUAAUAAUCAGGUAGAACAGAAAGCCAGCAGUAGUCCGGACCUCGUUGGGUAAAAUUUGAACACCCCUGUUCUACAGCAUCUCUCUUUUGGUCUUCUUGUGCAGUCAGUCCUGCUCUCACAGCAACUCUUGCCCAAUAAGACCAGACGAUAGUGGGGAGAUACAGACCCUUGUCUAACAGAGGCUCCACCCCACCAUAGUUCAUCAGUGACUUCUACUGCUGAGCAUCCAUCACACACAUUUUCUUUUUGGCUCGGGUCAAAGUUCUUUGUCACCAGGAGGGCACAUAUUUUCUUACAGCCGUACUAAGGAUGUUUCAGUACAAAAGAAAACACACAACUUAAAAGACUAAACCACACACACAUGUACACAAUUGUCAGGCAUGUGAGGAAUAUAAAUCUAUAUAUAAUGAAAUUAUAUGGAGAAAAAAAAUGAAUGCAAAUGGUGUAGUUAUUCAUUUCUGUUUCAUAGUUGUUAUAUUUGUGUAGUAUGGGGAGUUCUAUUCCAUUGAGCGAGGAAAUAUCACUCCUCUAAACCAAUUUUCCUGAGGUGUUUCCCCCAAUGACAAAGGUGUAUGUUUGUGUAUGUAGUGCCUCUGCUAUUCAUCAAUGAUUUAAAUUAUGAUCAGCGACCCAGUUUUUCAGCGACACAACUUCUAAGUAGAUUUUUUUGUUACUUUUAACCCUUUCAAAUGAUCCUUCUUGCAGAUAUACUAUUAUGUUCUCUUGCAUAUCUUAGAAUUGUAAUUGGAGAUUAAAGAGAUGGGUUAUUGAAUAAGCUUUUAUUUGACAUCGAAAGAUGGUAUGUGUCCUAUACAGUGGUCUUGUGACCCUGUUGGACUUGUAUUCAUCUGUAUGAUGCCUCAAAGCCUAGAGCCCCUUUUCCCUCUGGCGUUGUUUCCUUUUCAUGCCAAUUGUCACUCACUCUGCAUUUGCCUCUUACACACCUUGGUGUACAUUCAGUUGAACAGCUUUGCUUUACAUUUUGCAGUAUUUACUGUAUUAAUUCUGUAGUAUGCUGAAAUGAAUGUUUUAAAUACCUA